UCCAAGCAGGCGGGGGCUGAGCUUCCAAUCUGGCAACAGGACUUCAAAAUUUCUCGCUUCUUCAAAAUUUAUGUUGUCGUUAUUUCCACUCCUGUUAAUUUAAUGCACCGCCUGGUGGUGGUGUCGGGCUCAUCGCACUGCGACUUUGCAGAUGUGGUGGCCGAGAGCUUGGGGCUCAGCUUGCAUCCAGUGCUGCGAGCGAAGUUCCCCAAUGGAGAGAUACAGUUCGAGCUGCUCGAGUCGGUGCGGGGAGCGGAUGUCUAUAUAGUUCAAACCAGCUGCGAGCCGGUCAACGACAUGCUGAUGGAGCUUCUGGUUAUGGUGCAGGCCUGUCGCUAUGCCUCGGCCAACACGAUUACGGCGGUGAUGCCACUAUUUCCAUACUCCAGGCAGGACAAAAUGGACUCGUGGAAGCAGCCCAUAACGGCCAAGCUAGUAGCCAACAUGCUCUCUGUGGCUGGGGUCAAUCGUGUCCUGACCAUGCAACUGCACAACGCUCAGCUGCAGGGAUUCUUUGAUAUACCCUGCGACAACCUGCAAUCUGAUAUUGCCAUCGAAUCGUGGAUUAAACGCUUUAUCCCCGACUACACGGAGCUGGUGAUUGUGGGCGCAGACAAAGGAGCGGUAAAAACGGCCACCCACAUCAGCCACAAGUUGGGCACUCACGUGGCUCUGUUCCACAAGCAGAGGCGGGUGGCCAGCCAGGUGCACGACAUGAUACUGGUUGGGAACGUUCGGGACAAGGUCGUUGUGGUUGUGGACGAUCUAGCGGACACCAGUAAUACCCUAUGCCUAGCCGCUGAGCGCUUGAACGAGGCCGGAGCGGCGAGAAUCUACGCAGUCGUUACCCAUGGAGUAUUUUCUGGCCAGGCCCAGCAGAAACUCAGUGAAUCGCUGUUUGAGCUUGUUGUCUGCACGAAUACCGUUCCCCAGCCCGCAGAAGUGGCCCAGAAUCCAAAGUUCCACAUCAUUGAUGUCUCCAAUAUCUUUGCAAAAUGCAUUUGGAACAUGCACGACAGUACUAGUGUUGAGAAUGCGUUUCGAUCGGAGUCCAGCCUGCUGAACUGGCGUUUGUCACAUAAGAAAGACGCCGAUAGCGUCUCUAAGAGCUUUAUGGAAGAGGAGGGUGAUAGGUUUUCGGAAAACGAGCGUUGCACCAAUCAAAAGUCCACUCAAACCAUAAAGAAAUAUGAAAAGGGGCAGGAAAAUUGAUUUUGAUUCAAAUAAAGGUCCAAUACGUGCGUUUUCUCAGGUUAUAGUCAUAG